AUGGAUGUCGCCGUCACCGCAGGAGCAGACCUUGGCCGCUAUGGCCGCCGCAUCAUGAAAUUGCUGUGGGACCCGGAGCCGACGAAUGAUAUUAUAGCGAACCAGCCAGUUUGGUGCCUUGGGCGCUCCUACUCACUGGAAACAAAUAGAGGCGGAGAUAAAGGUCCUUUCCAGAUCGAUGGGCCAUCUAAGCUACCGACGACUAAAUCUGCAAACGCGGAACCAGUAGCAUCUCAACUACUCAUCUCGAACUCAGAUACCUCUAUCGAUUGCGCCUUGGACAGGUCUGGUUCAUCGCUAGCGUAUGAAGAGGAGGGGCCGGAACUUGGAGGCUGGCCAGCCGCGUUCCUGGAAGACUUUGAAUCGCGAUUUUGGAUGACAUAUCGCUCUGGUUUUGAGAAUAUUCCACGUUCAACCGAUCCAAAAUCUACGGCAGCCUGGUCGUUCACUAUGCGGUUAAAAAGUCUCGGUGACCAAAGCGGAUUCUCUUCGGACAGUGGGUGGGGUUGCAUGAUCCGAUCGGGCCAGAGCCUACUAGCGAACUCUCUGUCCAUGUGGAAGCUGGGACGGGACUGGCGGUCGAGUGACGGGGGCCCCGGAGAGCGCGAAAUCAUCUCCAUGUUUGCAGAUGACCCUCGAGCUCCCUUUUCUAUUCACAGAUUCGUGGACCACGGCGCUUCUGCGUGUGGCAAGUACCCCGGGGAAUGGUUUGGUCCGUCUGCUACAGCGCGGUGCAUCCAGGCAUUAGCAAAUUCGUACCCUGGAUCCCUCCGGGUCUACACAACCGGCGACUUCCCAGACGUCUACGAAGAUGGCUUCUUGAAGGUUGCAAGGACUGGACCUGACGGUGCCUUCCAUCCGACUUUGAUCCUGGUGGGCACAAGAUUAGGGGUGGAUAAAACGAACACGGUUUAUUGGGAGGCACUUACAUCUGCCCUGCAGAUGCCACAGUCUGUGGGAAUUGCAGGGGGCCGUCCCUCUUCUUCGCACUAUUUUGUCGGUUCUCAGAGGUCGGCUGAUGACCAGGGAUCAUAUUUAUUUUACCUUGACCCCCAUCAUACACGAGAUGCCCUUGCGUACCAUGCGGAUCCGACGGACUACACUCAAGAAGAGCUGAGCUCCUGUCAUACAAAACGACUUCGGCGACUACACAUCCGCGAGAUGGAUCCCAGCAUGCUGAUUGGUUUCCUUAUCAAGGAUGAGGAUGACUGGGACAGUUGGAAAAGCUCAAUCAAGCAUGUGCAAGGAAGAGCCAUUGUUACCGUGUCUAACUAUGAUUCAGGUGGCGAUCUAGCAUUUGGCAGGGAAGGCGCAAUCGAUGAAGUUGAAACACUCAGCGACGAUGAUAUGGAUACUGCGUUGGCGUUAUAG